GAUUUAAUGAUGUAGCAAAUAAUCAUAAUAAAUAAACAAGUCUUAAAGAAGUUGUUUCAAUUUAAAAAAAAUAGAUUGUUCACAUUACUAUAAGAUUAAAGUUAGAAAUAUGUAUUUCAGUUUUAUUCAAUUAUAUUUGAUGGUACUUGUUUCCGGUUCAAUCGCCAAACCUAAUACUUUAUUUCAAAGUUAUAAACGGUGUAAAUUGAGUGAUCCAGCAAUAAACACUUGUCUUAAAAAUGCACUUACUGAAGCUUUACCGUUCAUAGCUAAAGGAGUUCCUAGUCUUAAUUUAUUCCCUUUUGAUCCAAUUAAAAUAUCAUCAAUUGAGAUAAAACAAGAUAAUAGUCAUACGGUACAAAUUAAUUUAAAAGUUAAAGAUGUACAAGCUAAGAACCUAUUUUCUAAAACUGAAAUAACAGAUUUCAAGGCUGAUAUAAAAAACUUAAAUGCUUCAAUUAACUUGCUGAUAAAAGAUCCUUUGUUGCUUGAAGGAUUGUACGAUAUCAGUGGAAAAGUAUUAAUUUUACCAAUCGUGGGAAACGGUCCAUUUCAUAUGAAAUUAGAAAACAUUAAAGCAUCAAUAAAUUUUCAUUUAAAAAAAACAGUUAAGAAUAAAAAAACUUAUUUAAAACCUGAAAGUGUAUCAUGGACUUUUACGACUCAAAAAUUGACCAUGAAAUUUGAAAACUUGUUUAAUGGAAAUAAAGCACUAGGAGAUAACAUGAACGUUUUUUUAAAUGAAAAUUGGCCAGAUAUAUUGAAAGACUUCCAACCUGCUUUAGAACAAGCUUUGGUGUUUGUUUUAAUUGAGUACACUAAUCAAUUUUUUGGACGCGUAUCGAUGGAAGAUUUGUUUAUCGAAUAGAUGUACAUUAAAAAUGGGUAUUUUUGUAUGUCAAAUUUUUAGUUUAAUUAUGAAAGUGUACGAAUUUAAUCAUUCUUUACUUCAUGAACAAUUUAAUUGUGAUUUAUAUAAAUAAAAAUAAUAUAGAAUAUUUUAAUAAUGUAUAUUGAUCAUUAGAACUAUUUUUAAAUAAUUAUUUUUUAUCUAAUACUUUAUAAUUGAUUUUAUUUUCAAUA